UCUGAGUUUUCUGUUACUGCUUUUCAGGAUUUUUUGGGACAAAUGUUUUGUACGCUGGGAGAAAUAGUUGGAUCACAGGGGAGCAGACUGGAAAAAUCAAUCGUAGGAAUUCCUGGGAAGAAAUGUGGGACAGUCAUAGUAACAGCAGAGGAGCUAGGCUGUUGCCGAGAUUCAGUUUUAAUGCAGUUUUGUGCGAACAAACUAGACAAGAAGGACUUCUUUGGUAAAUCUGAUCCUUUCCUCGUAUUUCAUCGAAGCAAUGAAGAUGGCAGUUUUACAAUCUGCCACAAAACAGAAGUCAUAAAAAAUACGUUAAAUCCCGUGUGGCAGGCAUUCAAGAUCUCUGUCAGAGCACUGUGUAAUGGCGACUAUGACCGGACAAUUAAAGUAGAAGUGUAUGAUUGGGAUAGAGAUGGAAGCCAUGAUUUCAUCGGAGAAUUCACAACAAGUUACAGAGAAUUGUCGAGGGGGCAAUCUCAGUUCAACGUGUAUGAGGUAAUAAAUCCAAAGAAAAAAGGAAAAAAGAAAAAAUAUGUUAAUUCUGGAACAGUAACAUUGCUUUCCUUCCUAAUUGAAACAGAAGUUUCAUUCCUUGACUAUAUUAAAGGCGGAACCCAAAUCAAUUUCACAGUUGCUAUUGAUUUCACAGCCUCAAAUGGUAACCCGUCACAGCCUACUUCACUGCACUACAUGAAUCCUUAUCAGCUGAAUGCUUAUGGCAUGGCACUGAAAGCAGUAGGAGAAAUAAUUCAGGACUACGACAGUGAUAAAAUGUUCCCAGCUCUAGGUUUUGGAGCUAGACUGCCUCCUGAUGGAAGAGUAUCACAUGAAUUUGCACUGAAUGGAAACCCUCAAAAUCCAUACUGCCAUGGAAUUGAUGGUGUAAUGGAGGCAUAUUACAGGAGUCUAAAAUCUGUACAGCUUUAUGGACCAACAAACUUUGCCCCUGUAAUUAAUCAUGUAGCCAGAUAUGCUGCUUCAGUAAAAGAUGGCUCCCAGUAUUUUGUUCUUCUCAUUGUUACAGAUGGAGUUAUUUCUGAUAUGGCUCAGACAAAAGAAUCCAUAGUGAAUGCUUCAAGGCUUCCAAUGUCAAUAAUUAUAGUGGGGGUAGGACCAGCAGAGUUUGAUGCUAUGGAAGAACUGGAUGGUGAUGUAGUGAGGAUUUCUUCAAGAGGAAAGUUUGCAGAGAGAGACAUUGUGCAGUUUGUGCCAUUCCGAGAUUACAUUGACCGAAGUGGAAACCACGUGCUAAGCAUGGCAAGACUUGCUAAAGAUGUUUUAGCAGAGAUCCCAGAGCAGUUUCUGUCCUACAUGAGAGUCAGAGGAAUAAAGCCAUCACCUGCACCACCACCCUAUACACCCCCGAUUCAUGUGUUGCAGACUCAGAUUUGACUGCUCCAAAGCACUUAGCAAUUCUCACAAGUCAAGAGUCUCUGGAUACAGCAGUAGCUUCUGAUAACUUUUUGGAGCUAGAAAGAUUCUCUUCACAUACCAAAAUUCUGUUAUGGGUGCAUAAGCAACUGGAAAGCUUUUGAAUGCUAGGAGCAAGAUGCUGAAGUUCUCUCUAGGUCUUAUUUUAUUUUAUUUUAUUUUUUACAAAAAAAACCUACUUUUUGAUGUAUUUAUUGGAGGGGAAAGCACAAGUCAGGAUUUCAACUCAGAAGAUACUGUCCUCUCUGAAUACUGUGUGU